AUGGAGAUCCUUAUUUUCUGCUUCCUUACGAAAUUAUUUUCGGACAAGGUAAAAAUAAAAAACCCUGACAAAUUAACACACAAGGAAUUAAAGGAGCUGGCUCAAAAAAUUUGCGACUCCGAUUCAGAAGAAGAAUUACCCGACGACGAUGCUGAUACUUCCUCUGAAGAGAAAAAAGAGGACACUGAACAUGAUUCCGAAUCCGAAAUCGACGGUAAUGAAUCCGAUGAUUUAAAAGAUGUUGGAAAUAGUAGUUACUUUAUUGCCAAAGAUAAACUGACUCGAUGGAACAAAAAUUCGCUAAAAAGCAAAUUCAGUAAAGUGAGCGACAAAAACCUAGUAAAAAUCCUGCCCGGUGCGAAACAACAAGCAAGGGAAAUCCAAAAUGAAGAUGAUGCUUUUAUGAGAAUAUUCACAGAUGAAAUGAUAGAAUACAUAACUGAAUGCACGAAUAUGUACAUUUCAAAUGUUCGGCCGCAAUUUAUGAGAGAACGUGAUGCCAAAGACGUAUCAAAAACAGAAAUGCAAGCAUUCAUAGGUUUGCUCCUAUUAUCUGGAUAUAAAAAGCAAAAUCACACCCACUUUCUAGAGCUCUGGACAACAGAUGGUACCGGCUCUGAAAUUUUUCGGGCAUGUAUGGGUAAAAAUAGAUUCCUAUUUUUACUUUCUGUCAUUCGAUUCGACGAUAAAAAUUCAAGAAAUGAAAGAAAAAAGAUAGAUAAGUUGGCUGCAAUAAGAUGGGUCAUAGAUAAAUUCGUAGAGAAUUGCAAGAACAACUACUCUUUGGGCGAAUUUUUAACCAUCGAUGAAAUGUUGAUACUCUUCCGAGGACGCUGUAGUUUUCUUCAGUAUAUCCCGAACAAACCGGCGAAGUAUGGGCUGAAACUUUUUGUAUUGUGUGAUGCAAAAACAUUUUAUGUGUCGAAUUUCGAAGUUUAUCGUGGUAAACAACCCGAAGGCCCCUACAGCAUGCCAAAUACACCUACUGCUGUUGUUCACCGAUUGUUGAAGGGAGUGAAAGGUAGUAAUCGGAAUCUGACGUGUGAUAACUGGUACUCUAGUUAUCCGCUUGCUAAAGAAUUAUUGGAAGAUAACAGGUUAAAUAAGACACGGCAAAGAAGAUGUCUGAGAGCAGCCAUAGUCGUUGGGCAGAGAUACGAUGGGGAGAUGACUGCGUCGUGUACGAACCACGAAGCUCAUCACCGGAUACCAUACCGGAAGUACCGCAGGAGUAGAGAGAGUGGUGAAGAGGACCUUGUUGCAGUAUCUAACAUACUCGCAUCAACAAAAACGUUCAAAGUGACACAGGUAGUGUUCAGUGCUCUUUCUGAGAUCGGAGCACAGUCCCAGAUCGUAGUAGAACGUCCACAACUGAUCGUCCAUGAUCCAACCCCAGGAGUCAGAGGCGACAUCGGUCCCACCUGUCUGAUAAAAGAGAGAAGCAGUAUUUGGGUCAGGAGUAUUCUUCUGUACACAAUUACUUAA